ACAACGCAUUUGUUUAGUAUCAAUAGAACAAUGUCGUCAAUAAGAUGUAUACUUCUCUCAUUGUUGUCCGUUUGGGCAUUACAGUGUUCAGCUAUAAUGAAAAAUCAAACGCUGUUAGCAGUGAAAAAGGAGAACAAUCGAAUAACCAUCCAGCCUAAACUUUACAUCGUUAAAUCCAAAGAGAUAAUUAUCGGUAAAGCCAAAUAUAUCGACAGGAUCAACAGUACAGGAUGGGGUUAUUUAGAGAUCAGGACUUCACAAAAAGCAAAAGACGAAGAUCAAGCUUAUGGUGCCGGAUACUUGGAAGGAAUAUUAACCGCUGAUCUCAUAUAUAGCUAUUGGUUUAACACGGCUAAAGGCUAUUGCACCGACCGUUUGGAGGUCUGCCAACAAUUAAAAGAUUACAUGUCAACCAAUAAAAACUGGAUUAAAUCGAAAUCAAAUGAGUCCGACCCAUAUUGGUACCAGAUCGGACUAUAUUACAAACAACUUGAUGGGUUGUACGAUGGAUAUAUGCGAGGCAAGUCGCCCGAUACGCCCGAUUUGACUUGGGACGAUUUAUACUGGUUAAACGCCCUCGACGACUUGGGUGACUUAUCUGUGGCUUUAAAUCCAUCAGGAGCUAGUCACCGUAUCCUAGGAAGUGGAUCAUGCUCGGCUCUUAUCAAGCUGAUGCCAGGAAACAAAGACCUAUUCGUAUCGCAUGUGACGUGGAGCGGGUACGAAACAAUGUUGAGAAUACAGAAGAGGUAUAGUCUACGGUUUAGAAAGAGCAAAACGUCCAAUAAACUAAUACGUGGGUUUGAUAUGUCAUUCAGUUCGUUCCCGGGUGGUAUUCAAUCCGGAGAUGAUUUUUACCUGAUGUCUUCAGGUUUGACCACUUUGGAGACUACUAUCGAAAAUUAUAACAAUUCCCUUUGGUCUAACGUGAAACCAGUCGGUCAGGUUUUAGAAUUUGUGCGAGCAAUGAUUGCAAAUCGCCUGGCCGACAACCCCACAAAUUGGGUGGAUAUAUUCAAGCUUCACAAUAGCGGUACGUACAACAAUCAGUGGAUGAUCGUCAACUAUGCGGCCUUUCAACCGGGAAGUCCCUUGCCUUCCAAAGACGUACUCCACGUCCUCGAACAGAUGCCUGGUCACGUGAUACACGAUGAUUUCACUGAUCAUUUAAGCAAUCGGACGUACUGGGCAAGCUACAACGUGCCCUAUUUUCCGUUUAUAUUCAACAUAAGUGGAAACUACGACAUGGAACAACGUUACGGCUCAUGGUUCUCGUACUCCAACACACCUCGGGCUCGCAUAUUUGCCAGAGACCAUGUAAAGAUUCACUGUGACAAUUGUAUGUUACAUCUGAUGCGGUCCAAUAACUUCACACGUGAUCCAGAAUCUCGGUGCGACUGCAGUCCACCAUAUUCAGCGGAAAACGCGAUAUCUGCUAGAAACGAUUUAAAUUUUAAAAACGGUACGUAUCCCAUUGAAGCAUUGGGUCAUCGGUCACACGGAGCCACUGACGUUAAAAUUACUACGAGCCAACUAUUCCAACAGUUGAAGUUUAAAGCCAUUGCAGGCCCCACUCAGGGAAGUAACAACAGUUUAGGACCUUUUUGUUGGAGUAAAUCAGAUUUCAACGAUAAAGUCAGUCAUCUUGGUCAUCCCGACUGCUUCAAUUUUAAACCAGUAUUACAUCAAUGGACUUUAUAAAAUAUGCGGAUAUGGCGAUGGCGGCUACAAGUACGGCGCGCGCGUCAACUGCAUCCAUGCAACUGACCUCGGGACCGGGUCCUGGCGGCCGCGGCCCUCCCGACAGCUGCCCGCGGUCAGAAGUUUGCCGACAACUCAAACGUCAUUGGUCAGGCGGCGUCACGUCGACCGCGCCCUGCUACAAGUCGCGGUGCAUCAGGCGCUGGUGAAGUAAACACAGCUAUUUGUGAAACAAUAUUGUGAUGUACUUUAUGUACUUACACCUGUGUAAUCUAUGAUUGUGUUAUCUUUUUUCUUACGUGGAAAAGAUAUCUAAUCGACGAACAGGAUUUAUUUGCGCAUUACGCACGCAUAUUGUAAUCGGACGGUUUUUUUUUCGUGACUAUAUAGGCUGUUUUUAAAAUGGUUUUUUUAUAGAGCGGUGUUUUUAAACAGUUGAGCUAUUUUUUCCCCGAAAGAUUACGAGCGUCGAUUGACGAAAACAAAAACAACAAUAAUAAUCAUGUAUUUACUAUAUACCUACGGUGAAGUAGAGAUAUUCUAUUUAUCUAGUGCAUAUCAUAAUACCUACGUUGCAAUCGAAAUAAAAAUAUAAUUGUUCAUAUUUUCUCUUCUCUGCUCUACUGAAGUGUUUUUUUUAUUUUAGACAUUACUAUCGGCGUCUAUAUAAAUUUUUAUUUUUUAUAUCUUUAAAUACACGUAUACUUAUUUACGCGUAUCAGCUGGAGGUUUACUCGUAAUUAAUUUUGACCGAUUGGCAAAAAUGUUAAAAUUCUAUCUGAAACGUUAUCACGCAAGCCUGCAGGCUGCUGGUUCUAGACUGUGAACCUAACUAUAUAUAUAUGUGUGUGUAUUGUGAUCAAGUAGCAUCGAUAGCGUUAACCUGCUGCAAUACUAGCAGCAUAUUAUAUCAGCACGCUAAAAGCAGCUUGCAGUACUUAUAUAGAACUAGGUAUAGGUAAUUGGCACGAGUUGUUGGUAACGUACUCUGCGACUCUUGUAUACAUAGAUUAUAUUUUUGACUUCUUUGCAUUUUGAAAUACAAUCGAUGAAAAUAUAUUUAAACGUAUUUCUGUUGUAUGGUCUAGUAAUUAUGUAACUCCUUAUUACUAACACAAGCUGUUUAAGCUUACAGGUAGUAAGUUUAUCGAAUCUGCAAAUUCUUGUCUUAUGCAAGUGUUCAUAUUACUAUUUUUAUAAAUACGAAAAAUAAUAGGAAUUAUGUGUUCAUAAUAAGUACUAGCGAUUUGAUAUAGAAUCU